GAUUUUCCCUCACUUGUCCUGCUUUCUCAUGCACCGUGUCCGUCUACUGCUUUUCUCUUAUUCGUGACGCUUCGCCGUGUUGUUUGAUGAAUGACCGGUGAUGAUUUUUGAUAGUUCAAGUCAAGAAUCUAUGUCCUCCGACGAUGGCUGUCGCCGGGGGAAAAUUUUGUUGGAAUUGGAAAAUGGGGAAUUAGAACUGGAAAAUGGUCAUGAAGCGAAGAAAUUACCGAAAAGUUUCCGCCGGAAAAGAAUGGAGCUCCGGAGAGUUAGGUCACUCUCCCCAGAAAAAUCGGGGGAUGGGUUAAUUUCAUCCGAGGAUGAGGUAGAUUUGAAGAAAAAGAGAUCCGAAGUUGAAAAGGAGACGACCGGCCUAAUCGAAAAGGCAUUAGUAGUUCAGUUUUCUGAAAACGAAGUCGGCGGAUCUAGAGAAGUGAAAUGCUUGUCACACGGAACGGUAUCGGUCAUCGGCCGGAGAAGAGAAAUGGAGGACGCGGUGGCGGUGGAAUUAGGUUUUUUGAGAAAAGGUAGAAAGAGUUACGACUUUUUCGGAGUGUAUGACGGUCAUGGGGGGUGGCGCGUGGCUCACGCGUGUGGUGAGAUGCUGCAUAAGUUGCUGGUGAAUAUUGUUGAAGAAGAAAGCACCGACGAGAUAGAGUGGGAAAAGGUUAUGGUGGCGGGGUUCGAGAAGAUGGACGAAGAGGUGAAUAAGAAGGGCGCAUCGGUGGCAACGACGGGGUCGACGGCGGUUGUUGCGGUGGUAGGGGAGGAGGAGAUUGUGGUGGCCAAUUGCGGCGAUUCAAGGGCAGUGCUUUCCAGCGGCGGCGUGGCCGUACAGUUGUCGGAUGAUCACAAGCCUGAUAGAGCUGAUGAAUUGGGGAGGAUUGAAGCAUGUGGAGGGAAGGUCAUCAAUUGGAACGGACAUAGAGUCUUAGGCGUUCUUGCCACUUCAAGAUCUAUAGGUGAUUAUUAUCUGAAACCAUUUGUGAUAGCAAAACCCCAAGUAAGAGUUGUGAGUAGAAGCCAUGCGGACGAGUUCUUGAUAGUGGCAAGUGAUGGACUGUGGGAUGUUGUUUCUAAUGAUGUUGCAUGCCAGGUGGUAAGGAAGUGUUUACAGGGACAAAUUAAGAGAAGCAAUAUUCUUCAUGUUCCCAUGCUCCAAGAUCAUCAUCAUUUUCAUACCCAUACCCAAUUUGGUGAUUCAUUAAUAAGUAAAAGCGGCACUGGUGCUGCUCAGGCAGCCGCAGUGCUGGCUGAGUUAGCUAUGGCUAGGGGUAGCAGAGACAAUAUAAGUGUAACUGUGGUGGAGCUCAACUCUUCUGUAUCCGCCCAAUCCCAACAUUCGUUGUCCUAAUACACAUACGUACGUAUUCAGAUUAUUAAUAUAUGAUGUAGUUGUAUAGUUCCAGGAUCUCAAUGGUUUAAUCUGGCAUGUGGCAAUAUAUAAUCCCCUGUUUACACCUUCACCCUCAUCAAAAUUAGAGUGGUGGGGAUGCCACUGUUUUUAUCAACGCUUCAAGAGUCACACAUUUUUAUGUUCUUCAUGCUCCUAUAUACAAACUCAUUUCUUCUAUAGCCCCAAAACCUAAUUAAUCUUCCUCAUCUAAACACACAGUGAGUGUCAUU